UGUAUAUACAUACUAAUAUGACCAAUAAAUAGUGUGGUACAUACAAUCAAAUUUGGUGUGUUAUUUCAGUUCCUCUUAUUGGAGUCUCACAAUGACGAUUUUUCUGGAUUUAAUAUUUCAAGUUAAACGAAAAGUUCCUAAAAAUUUGACGUCAAAAUAAAAGGACAUUUGGUGAAUUAAUAAUAUUAAAUUAAUUGGCAAAAUAAACUGCAAAAAUAAAGUAUUGAUUAAUAAUUAAAAUAAAGAUUCAAAAAAGAAUCAUAAAUAAAGAAAUCAAAGUUUAAACAAAGAUAAAGAAAAAUAAGAAUAAAUAUAUCUUUGAAUUGAAUUACAAUUAAUUGUAAUCAUGGGGAUACAAGAUUUACAAACAUUCUUGGAUAGUAAUUGUGUACCUGGUGGUACAGUACCCGUAGAUUUGUUAAAAAUAGCCCGUCAAUUAAUGCAAAGACAACAACGUAAUCGUAUGAAUAAGCUUCAAGCACCAUUGCAUCCAUCAGCAAUAUUACGACUCGUCUUAGAUGGUGAAUGUUGUCUUGAUAGACUCUAUGGCGGAUAUUUUUCAGAUUGGGCAUGUGGUGGACAAUGGAAUCGCAUGCUCCAGUUUCUUGCAAUUCUUAUCCAAGCAAUCGAAUUAUCGGGAGUUGAAUUAGUAGUUUUUUUCAAUGGUUGUAAUGAAUUACCCCGUCGAUCGGAAUGGAUUCAUCAACAAUUAGAAACUCGCUUGAAAGUGAAUAAUGUUUUGAAGCAUAUCACAACGAAAGGAACACCACCACCAAAAAUUUGGUGGACUCCUCCAGCUUGUUUACGAACAAGUCUACGAAUGGCUUUACGUCAUUUAAAAAUAUCUGUGAUGUGUAGUAUGGACGAUCAUCAUCAAGAAGUGAUCGCCUACUGUCGUGAAAAUAAUUUUCAUGGUCUUAUUGCCGAUGAUGGUGAAUAUGCAGCAUUUGAUCCACCUCGAUAUUUUUCUUCAGAACAACUAAAGUUAACAUAUAAAGGAUCAUUAGAUACAAAGGAAUAUAUUAUAAGUGAAGUCGUAAAAUCUCUGGGAAUAACUCAUGAUAAAAUGCCUGUAUUUGCUGCUCUGUUAGGGAAUUUCAUUCUUAAUGAACAAGAUUUAUCUGACUUUUAUAAAAAAUUGAAUAUCAAUAUUACUGGUCCAAAUAAGACAAAUAUUGAUCAUUCUAUUAAAUUAAUAGCUGAGUUUGUUAAAGAUCUUCCAUCAAUUGAAAAAGAUGUCGUUGCUCAGAAGGUAUUUGGUUCGUUGUCAGAUUCUCGGUGUUCAAAGUUUCAUCAAUCCGUCCAAUAUUAUAUAAACGGCACUAAAGAAGGAUUUUUGCACUAUAAAACUAUCAAACCACAGAAAGGUCAUAAAGCUGAAGCCAAGCCGUCUACAUCUGAACAGAAUUCAAUAGAUACCACAGCAACAACAACAACUACAGAAGAAGACUGUUGUAAUCUAGGAUCAUCUCGAUUUGCAUCAGAAACAGCAGAAAGUGAAAGAGAAAGCUUGAAUGCGUACAAUCAAGCUACCGCAAAUGCUAAAGCUUCACCACAAAUUGUCAUUGAACCACCUGGAAUGCAGUUGCCUAAGGAUUCAGAAAGUGUCCAAGCUGAGCAAGGACAAAAUAAUGGUCAUACAACACAAACAUCACCUACUGUUAAUGGUUCGCAUAAUCUAACGAUAAGCUCAUCAAGCUCCAGCAGUAGUUCCUCAGCUGCUUCACCAUCCCAUGCAACAGUCCUUGAUUCAGUAAAAUUAACUGAAAAGUCCAUCAGUAUUCCAACGACAGUACCUGAAGUCAUGCGAACGGCAUCUGAACGUCAUCAAAAAGGUUUAAUGUCACCUUAUAUCUAUCAAAUUCUCACUAAUGGAGAAAUAAAAUUACCAGUACUGUUAGAAGACGAAAAUCAUAGAGAAUUUCCCUCAAUACAUCUUAUUUAUCGACCAAUAAGACAAAUGGUUUAUGCUAUUGUAUUUAAUUUACAUCAUCAAAUAUUUAUGGCUACAAAAAAUCGUGAAAAAACAGAUAACGAACGUACUGAGGUGCCUGAUAUUAUAAUUAAGGAAUGGAUAUGGUCUAAAGGAAAUCCUUAUUUAAAUCCUGAAUAUGUAAAAGCUGAACCAGUAGGCUGGGGUGUGCCUACAAUACAACGUUUAUGGUUUGGAACUAGUAUUGAAGAUAAACGUCGUCGAUUACGUGGAUUUUUAACAUGUAUGAAAUCUGAUACAUCACUUAUGUUGAAUAUAUCGUAUGUUCCUCAACAUUUACUUGUGAUGGCUUGUGUUUUAAGAUACAUUAUGUCUUUCUCAGAUAAAAUAAAAAUAUUACGUCGCCAAGAAUUAGAUGCUUUUAUUGUUCAAGCAUUUUCACCAGAUUUAAUGAAUCCUCAAUACCUUCAAGAUCUUCAGCUUCCUUUAGUUACAUUCCGAGGUGUUCAACUUGCUUCAUUAUUUAUGGCCGGGGUGGAAAGUGCGCUUUUAGCUAAUGAUGCUUGUGGUGCACCAAUUCCAUGGUUAAUGUGUUGCCCUUGGCUAUAUUUCGAUGGUAAAUUAUUUAAUCAUACCCUAGCUCGAGCGAUAGUUGCCAAGAAUUUAUUAGAAUUAUGUGGAGGACACAUAGAACGAGUUGUAAAAGUUGAAAGAAUGCGAAAAGCAAUUCUUGAAGGAUUAACGCCUGUAUUCGCACGACCUCCUCAACCACCACCACCACCGCCACCUCCUCCACCACCACCGCCAUUGACUACCAGUUUUCGAGCAUUAUCAUUUACACCGAACGGUUUUCCAGUUAGCUGUACAAUCAGUGAUAAUCAAUCCCGUUCACGUAUUGCUCGAACAAGUACUAAUAUUCCUCAACGAGAAAUAAUUCGUAGACCGAUGCCAUCACGUGGAGGACAAUUAGAAAUUGCUGGUGUCGUAGUUGGCCAAUGGGGAGCUAAUUAUGGUCAGCCAGGAAGAAUUCCACAGCCUUUACCGAGUCAUUUACGAGGACGACUUCCACCACAGAUACCAUUUCCACGUUUAAAUGCUCGAAUGUUCCAAACUCGUGGAGGAACUAAUUCAAAUUUGUUAGCUUCUCGAGGAAAAAAGACUCAAAUGAAGCCAAUGAGUAAGAAAAAAUCAACAGUUAAAAAGAAUUCAGACAAUGACGCUAAAAAAGAUUCUAAAAGUAAUCGUGACACCGGACUUGAUACAGAAUGUAAUGCUGAAGCGUUCUCUAAAUUGAUGGUGAAAGAUAUCAAUACCAAAGAAAUAUCAGCGGAAUUGAAUUAUCAAUCUGAUAGUAAAACUAUUGAUAAAAAAAAACAUACUGGUAAAGCUGUAGAAAAAGGUCAAGGCGAUGCAUCAUUCAGUGUAUCCCAAGCAAUAAAUGAUAAUUAAGAAAUUUUUUUAUUAAAUCAAUCUAUUCAAUUUUGAGAAUACCUAUGAUAUUGAUAGAUAACAGAUAAUUAGUAUGAGUGUAACAGAAACGUCUAAGCAGCCAGUAUAAACACACUGAGUAUGUUUGUCGAACAGUUGUGUGCUUUUAGGAAAUACUGGAAAUUAUAAAAAUUAUUUCAUUUCCAUA